GACGUCGUGUCCAUCAUGAACCGCCAUACGGGCAUGGUACUGGAGCAGAAUCCCAUCGACAACUCGAUCCAAGCGCUUGAUUCGAACCUGGACGACCCCACCCACCAAUGGUAUCGUAUCCCCGUUGGAAGCGGCUACUUUGCCUACAAGAACGUAGCCACGGGCAAACUUCUGGAUCAUUGGGACGCCAAGGAAGGUCACGGCAACACUGUAGCCAUAAGCGACGACCUGAAGGACCCCAAUCACCACUGGUUCGAGACGAAACUGGACGAUAUCUUCAUCGUAGUUCGCAAUCGGGCCAGCAGACUGUUCAUCGAUCACGGGGGGUUCAGCGAGAUCCGCACGAGCGGCGAGGACUGCAGUUACGGCGAGCGACACUGG